UCAGGCUGCGGCGGCCCACGUGCGCCGCGGGGCUGGGAGAAGGGCGGGCGUUGUGGCCUCCUCUUCCCUCCCCUGCUGGGAGGUGGCAGCGGCUGGGCCAGCGCUGCAGCGCUGGGGCCGAGCGGCGGCCCGCCAGCUAUGCCUGCCGGUCCCCCGUGAAUCGCUGUGCGUGGCGCCAUGGGGCCGGAUCCAGGCUGGGCCGCGCUCGUGCUGCUCUUCGCCGCCUCGCUGCUCACCGUCGCGGCUUGGCUGCUCCAGUACUGGCGGUCCGCGGCCCUGCGUGCGCCGCGUCGGCGCGGGGCAGCGGCAGAGGAGGCCGGGGCCCGUGCGCUGCUCGCCGCGCUGCUCGCCCUCCGGUCCCUGCGUGAGCAGUGGCAGAAGGCCUGGGUGCGAGCCCUCAACAGCCAGGCGCGCCGGAAUGGGAGCUCGGUACAGAUCACAUUUGAAGAGGGUCCUCAGUUACCGCUGGCUGCGAAUAUCAGUCACGUGAUGUGCAGGGCACAGUCGGAUCGCAGCAUGGUGCUAUGCUGCCAUCUGUCAGCUGAAGCUGUGAAGUUUCCUGUCUCUGUUACUCAGCAGUCCCCAGCUGCUGUUUCCAUUGACACCUAUCAUGUCACUUUGGCUGUGCCGCAGGCUCAGGUGGAGAUCCACUUGGAGGAGAUACAGAAUGAAGGUCUCUUGGUGUCAUGGGCAUUCAAGGACAGACCAGACUUGAACCUUUCUGUUCUUCCAAGACUUCAGCUUUGCAAGAACGAAGGGGGGGCAGAUCUGUCCACCAUAAAGGAUCUGAUUGAGGAUACCAUUGUCAGCACACAGCCAGCCAUGAUGGUGAAUCUGAAGGCCUGCAGUGCUGGAGCCAGUGUGCUACUGAGCAAUAAGUUGAUUCAAGACCCCCCAGCAGGAGUAGCAGCGGCCCCUCUGGGUUCAAAGCUAUUGCUCCGGAAUCUUCGAGUCCUGAACUUGGGCUGCCAGGGGAAGAGAGGAGUUGGGGAGAUACGCUGCAUGGUAGAGCUAGACAGCCCGCCGCAGCAGAAGUGGACGAGACCGGUGAUAGCUAGCGGUGCGGGGGCUGCGGCAGAGAUGGAGUGGACCGAGGAACUCUUUCUGGAGUUGGGGCCUAGAAGUAAAGAGCUGAAGCUACAAGUGCUGGGGAACAGUGACAGCAGGGGAAAUACGUUGCUAGCACAUACUGCACUUUUGCUUGAUUCUUUGGGCAAACAACCGUCUGGGAGACGUGUCUGCUCACUGACCCCGGGAGCUGGGCAGUCACUGACGGAUGAAGCUACAAUUAUACUGGAGCUGCUAUUCCAGGAGUCUGCUGCGUCUUUGAACGCUCAGCACGCCACGUCUCUGAGAACCAGUAUUACCCCCACGAAGAAGGUGGAGAUGGACCGGACCAUCAUGCCCGAUGGCACUAUUGUUACUACUGUCACCACAGUUCAGUCCCGGCCCAAGGCAGACUGCAAGCUGGAUUCGCCAUCAAGAUCACCUUCCAAGGUGGAAGUGACCGAGAAGAAGACAACUGUGCUUCUGGAGAGCGGCUGCCCUCAUGGUCCCAUGCCCAGCGGUAGCUGGGAUAGCCAUGUGCCCAAUGGCUUGGAUCCGGUGGCUGAGACGGCGAUCAGGCAGCUAACCGAGACAAAUAGCAAGCCCGCCAAGAAGACGCCAACAAAACGUAGCACGCUCAUCAUAUCGGGAGUUUCCAAGGUACCCAUUGCUCAAGAUGAAAUGGCACUUUCUCUGGGUUAUGCUGCAUCCCUGGAGGCUACAGCAUACGUGGGUUCUGCGGCAGAGAGCACGGCUGACCAGGUUCGCGAUUCUACCGAAUCAUCUCAGCUGCUGGAAGAGUCGCUCUUGGGACAAAGGGCCAGUCAGGAGCUGGAUGAGACGACGCGAUCUGACAUAUCUGAGAGACCUUCGGUGGAAGAUGUUGAGUCUGAAACUGGCUCCACGGGAGCCCUAGAAACCAGGAGCUUGAAAGAUCACAAAGUUAGCUUUCUUCGGAGUGGUACCAAGCUCAUUUUCAGGAGAAGGAGCAAGCAGAAGGAAGCUGGGCUGAGCCAGUCACACGAUGACUUAUCCAACGUCACCACCAACUCUGCCUCAAGGAAAAAAGCUGGCAGCUUCUCCCACCGUCUCAUCAAGCGCUUCUCCUUCAAGUCGAAAUCAAAACCCAAAGCUAGUGACAGCACAACGGCAGGUGAGAACUGAAGGAGGGAGAAGCCCGUCAGAAAGAUUGCACAGAAGUCCUUUUCUAGUCUACUGUCUUUCUGCUCCGUGGUAUAUGUGACCCACAGUCCGGUUCCUUCCAGCCUUGGCUGGGGGAAAACACCCCAGUGCUUUACACCGUUUGGGGAGCGGACGUGGCAAAGCCAAGGCUUAGGCUGCUUUUUGGCCUUGGCUUAACUUUCUCUGACUGUCGUACCCCACUGUGCUGUCCCAGAAAAUCCAGGUGGCAUGCUAAUCACCACAGGGGGGUCCCAGGAGCUGCAGAAGCGACUCUGUGGCUGUCUGGAGUCACUGGGUAUGCCCUGGAAAAAAGGAGUGGCGGGCUCUGAAGUGGCAGCUCUCAGAGUUAAAGAUGAGAAAGUACUCAGUUAGCUACGUUGCUGAAAAAUGUGGGAUGCAGCCUUGCUCGGCUCCUCCAGCAGGGGAGCACAAUGUGAUUGCUGGCUGUCUAAACACUCAUCACUUCCGCUUGAUGCAGAGGGCAUAACCUGACUGAGGUGUGUGGGGGGGUGGGGGGUGCGAUGCUUUUCUGGGCUGUGAGCUGUAAGGGGAAUAAGCUGUGGUUCUCCACCUGGCUCUGCCAUUGGAACGGUGUUUGGUUCAGGUAGUGCUGAGGGAUGCCUGCUUUCUGUGCUCUGCUGAUGCAGGAAGUAGUCCCUAAGAAGAGGGAAGUUUAAACCACCGGGCAAGAUUUUGUGGAAGCCUGCGCCCUUGCAGGAACCUGGUUGGUGCUGCCACCCUGUGACCUGGCCACCCCUCCAUAUCCAUAUUCUUGAAGGAGAAGGGCCGCAUGUGUGCACCAACUGUUGUACAAGCAGAACCCUGUCCCUUGGGGGUGGCUGGGGGCCUUGCUGGCAGGUUGCCAGACCAUCUUCCAGAUCUGCAAAGUACCCCGCCUGUCGGACUUCUGUGGUUCUCGUGCUGAUGACUGGCAUCACGCUGGGGAUGGAUGGCUAGCUGGAGGGCAUUCUGACGUGGAGAUAAAGCCACGUGUUGGAACAAGGCAAGAUUUAUGCAUUUUCACUGUUGAAAGGGUUGCCUGUAGUAGAAGGAGCCUUUCUUGAUCACAUUUGGUAUUUCCUUUCUUCUAGCAAACCCGAUCUGCCACAUUCGGACUGAGGAGUUCUGCAGCAGGUAUUAGUAGAGGGAGAGGCUUGCAGGGCAAAAUUGACUCCUGGCACGGGAGGAGUCUGCCCUUGUAGGUGAAUAGAUUUUGGUCUCCUGAAAUGCUGCAAAGAGCCCCAGAAGUCCUUCUUGGAUAGCAGAGUGAAACUCUUUGGAGGAAUGUUGUGUCCUGUUGGUGUUCAUGGUUUGAACAGAAGCUCCUGGGGCUUGUAGAGUUAAAAAGAGGUGAGACUAAGGGGAGGGAAAGCCUUUCUGAAGAGCGAGCAGUACAUAGG